CAGCGUUAAGUGCCCCGGCCUCCAGGGCGAGGUUUCUCAUCGGCGAAGAUGUCGCUGCGUGCCGCUAGAAGGUACACUUUCCCCCAACCUCUUCUCUGUAUUCGAUGUUCUUCAUCUUCCAUGAUUCUCUCUUUCCCUUUUUCCCUCAUCCCGAAGUUCUUUGCCCAUUCCCAAACCUCAAACGUGAAUAGCAUUCACGCCUCCGUAGUUUCAUUCAAUCGCUUACUCCAUCUGCAUCCCCCACCUUCCAUACUCCAAAUUAAUAAGAUUUUAGCAUCACUUCCCAAGGCUCAGCAUCACCGCACUGCCAUCUCAUUGUUUGCACAAGCUGAGUUCAGGGGAUUCACACCCGAUUUAUUUACACUCAACAUCUUGCUCAAUUGUUACUGCCAUUUGGGUGACAUGUAUUCUGCUUUCUCAAUAUUGGGAAAGAUUCACAAGAUGGGUCUUCAACUGGGCACUGUAACUUUGAAUACGCUGAUAAAAGGACUCUGCAUUAGGAACCGGGUUGGAGAAGCAUUGGACUUUUAUGAUGACAUCAUGGCCAAAGGAUUUCAGUUAAAUGAAGUUAGUUAUGGAACCUUGGUUAAUGGGCUAUGUAAACUGGGCAAAUUAAGGUCUGCCAUUAAAUUGGUCCGAAAGAUGGAGAGGCAUUCAGUUAAGCCUCAUGUGGUCAUAUACAAUACAAUCAUUGAUAGCCUUUGCAAAUGUGGACAAAUUGUUGAGGCCCAUGCAUUGUAUUCUAAAAUGAUUGAUCAAGGACUUUUACCCGAUAUUGUCACUUAUGGCUCUCUAAUCCAUGGUCACUGCAGCAAGGGACAAUGGCAAGAAGCUAACUGGUUGCUCCAUGAAAUGGUACUAUUGAUAGCCAUCGAGCCUGAUGUUUAUAUGUUUAAUAUAUUGAUUGGUGCAUUUUGUAAAGAAGGAAAGAUCAUAGAAGCAGAAGUUGUGCUUGCUAGGAUGAUGAAAUGUGGUGGGAGACCUGAUGUUGUAACUCACAAUUCAUUAAUGCAUGGGUAUUGUUCAAUGAACAAUGUUAACAAGUCAAAAGAAGUAUUUGAUAAGAUGGUCCGAAGUGGAUUAGAACCUAAUGUAGUUAGUUUUAAUGUGCUAAUCGAUGGAUUACGUAAGAUCAAGAUGGUUGAUGAGGCCAUGGCUCUUUUUAAAGAAAUGCGUAGUAAGAACAUUAAGCCUGAUGCAAGGAUUUACAACUCUCUUAUUGAUAGCAUGUGCAGAUCAGGAAAAAUGUCAUAUGUGCAGGACCUUGUUGAUGAUAUGCACGAUAGUGGUAUUGCCCCAGAUGUAGUCACUUAUAACAUUUUGUUAGCUGCAGUUUGCAAAAGCCAGCAUGUCGAUCAGGGGAUUGCAUUAUUUCAGCAAAUGGUUGCCUUGGGAGUUCAGCCUAAUUUGCGCACACAUAACAUACUUAUUUAUGGUUUAUGUAAAGGUGAUAGACUAAAUGAUGCUUGGGAGAUUUUUGAAUGCCUCUUGAGCAAAGGCUAUCAUGUAAAUGUCUUUACGUAUAAUAUUAUGAUCACUGGCCUCUGUAGACAAGGGCUGCUUGAUGAAGCCAUGACUCUGCUUCCAAUAAUGAAACAGAAUUCCUGCCCCCCAGAUUCAAUAACAUAUAAAAUACUUCUUCGAGCACUUUUGGAAAAAAGUGAGAAUGAUAUGGUACAUAAUCUUCUUCAUGAAAUGAUUGAUGGUGGUCUUGUGAAACAAUAAAAACAAGCAUGUUAAGGCAUACACAGAGUUGUAUUUGAUUAAUUUUGGAAGGCAGUUUCAUCCAGCGUGUUAUAAAAAUAUGGGAACACUACACAAUGACGGCUGCAUUCAUCAACUAAUGGAGGGUGUUGAAGAUGGUCGGCUUAAGCACAAGAUCUACCAAGUGCAAGACAGAUCAGAUUGCAUUUGGCGAUAUCCACCCACCAGAGGAUAUGUUCGAGUCAAUGUAGACGGUUCUCUCAAUAGCCAGAGGCCUGCUGCUUGCAGAGGAUUGGUUAGUGUUGAGCAAGGAAAAUGGAUAGUGGGAUUUCAACAAGCAAUUUGUUAUAGAUCCUUAACUUUUGCAGAACUCGAAGCUAUCAAAGCUGGACUACAAGUCUGUAAGCAAUAUGGCUCGGCCAGAGUACAACUCUAUUAUACGGACUCCUUGGAGGCUUUUCACUUGAUAUUAGCAGGUAGUGGUUUAUAUCACUCAUUGAGAAACGAGACUGUUGAAGUUUGAGUCUCUAAUAUAUUCUAAUUGGGAUCUUGAGAUUCUGCAAUGUGAUGAUUAUUUUUCUUGGAAUUCUCACAAGACGUGCAACACUUUGUUUCUAUUACAUAUACAGGAUCCUCCAACUUAUUGCAUAGUUCAGCUUUUGAUAGACUGUAACCAUCUAAACGUGGCCUCUGGCCUAGUUUGGUAGGUUGUUGUAACCUGGGGGUUAAUACUUGCAAGAUAAUUUCUUGCCUUGCUUAUUCGGGAAAAAAAAA